AUGGUUAUCGAGUUUGAUGGGCUGAGUGUAUACAAUCCCAUCAAAAUUUUGAUUCUGUAUGGUUCAUUACGCAAACGAUCGUUUUCACGAUUGCUGGCUUUUGAAUUCGGUCGCAUUCUGGAACACAUGGGCGCUGACGUCCGAGUCUUCAACCCAACGGGCCUGCCUUUGAAAGACGACAUGAGCGAAAAACAUCCCAAGGUGAUUGAGUUGCGCGAGCUAUCAAUGUGGUCGGACGGCCAGGUGUGGGUUUCCCCUGAACAGCACGGACAAAUCACAGGCGUGUUCAAGACACAAAUUGACCAUAUCCCAUUAUCGUUGGGUAGCGUGCGACCCACUCAAGGCAAGACGUUGGCAGUGGCACAGGUCUGCGGUGGCUCGCAGAGCUUCAAUGCAGUCAAUACAUUGCGUGUGCUGGGACGUUGGAUGCGUAUGGUUACCAUACCAAACCAAUCGUCAGUGCCGAAAGCUUGGACCGAGUUUGACGAGAACGAUCGUAUGAAGCCGUCUUCCUAUAGAGAUCGUAUUGUGGAUGUAGCCGAGGAGCUCUACAAGUUCACCGUUUUGUUGGGGCCUCAAAAGGAGCAUCUCGUGGACCGAUACAGCGAACGGGUGGAAAAGGAAAAGAAUGGUAGAUUGUUAAGUCAAGAAGAAAAGGAAACCGCUGCCAAGAAGAAGGACAAUUGAAGGAACGAAAAAAGAUAAUAUGCUCAAUGUACUAUCACGAGUGUAUCAUCAGCUACGUAUCUGAUUACUUGUACCAUAUAGACGACUGUAUAGACAUGCUCAAUAAUAAAAAGAUGCGGAAGAUGCUUUGUAUUAUUACCGGCCCGGAAACAUAUAUAGUUGCAGGCACGAUGCAAAGAAAGGUUUGCCAACUGUAUAGUUUGUCGUAGUGAUAGUGGAUCCCAAGAUAUCACGGGUAUUGUGCCGAGUCUUUGGACUCAGGAAAAAAGGAUUUAUUUAGAGAUCGAACAGUCUUCUCCCCAUGCAACCCCUUUCAAUCCAGUAAAUGAAUAGAUAAGCUUAUCAAAGUACCAGAUUACACUAUGACUAGCUUGCUCAUAUAAAGUUUGUCUGUUCUACCUUGCGCUGCCACUAUUGCUUAUAAUCCUUCUUCAUAAAUAAAAUUCUUGUGGAUAAGGUUGCUGUA